AUGAAAAUCCUCUAUGUGACUUCUAGCUGUUUAGGGGAUGCAAUCUUGGGAAGUGGUCCCUUGCACGCACUUUUAAAAAAAAGGACAGAAGAUAUUUCUGUCACAGUGGCUUGUGGCGCACGAACAGCUGCACUUUUUAAAGAUGUGCCAGGAUUGAAAGAGAUCAUCCCAUUUGAAGGCCCAAGAGGAUUAAGGCGUUGGUGGAAUUUAUGGAAAAAGUGUUCUGGUACUCAAUGGGAUAUCAUUGUUGAUUUAAGAGGCUCUAUUCUUUCGUAUCUUUUAAAAACAAAACGUCGAUAUGUUUGGCGGUCUACGAAAAGGCAAGGCCACCGUGUAGAAGUUAUUGCAAAAGUAUUAGGAUUUGAUCCUGUCCCUUCUCCUUAUGUGUGGAUUCGGCAGGAGCGUUUGACAAAAGCAAAACAAUGGGCGAAGCAAGCAGGAGGACCUAUUUUUGGUUUUUCCGCCGUUGCUGGGUGGCCACUAAAAGAAUGGCCUAUGGAACAAUUUGGCAAAUUGAUUAGUGCGUUGUUAAAAGAAUACCCAACAGCAAAGAUUAUUCUUUUUGGUAGUCCUACGGAGCAAGAGAAAUUAAAAAAAUUAUGGGCGUUGGUUCCUCAAGAAUUUCAUUGGCCUGUACAAGGUAAUUCGCACCUUUUGGAUACGGCUGCAUGUAUUUCUCAGUGUUUUCUUUUUAUAGGAAAUGAUUCAGGGCUUAUGCACCUGUCAUCUGCUUUAAAUGUGCCAACCGUUGAUUUAUUUGGUCCAAGCAAUGAAAAAAAUUAUGGACCGUGGGGAGCAAAAAGUUUGGCUAUCCGUUCUGUAGAGACAGUAGAAGAGUUAAUGAAAAAGAAGAACAUGGGGAAAAAUCUUAUGGGAGGGUUGUCCCUCGACCAUGUGAUUUCAAGUGUGCAAAAGUUUGCGAAAGAGCAAAAAGGGGCUGUGAAGUGA